AUAAGUAGGAGCUCACAGGAACCCUUCAUAGGCUCAGUGUGAGACACCAGCAAAGCCUUUCAGCUCCCAAACACCAGGCUUCACCAUGCGUGAAUGUAUCUCUAUCCAUGUUGGCCAAGCCGGUGUCCAGAUGGGCAAUGCCUGCUGGGAGCUGUACUGCCUGGAACAUGGCAUCCAGCCUGACGGGCAGAUGAUCAAGGGUCAAAAAGUGAAGACCAUCGGGAUAUCGGACGACUCCUUCACCACGUUCUUCAGUGAGACGGGAUCUGGGAAGCACGUGCCCAGAGCCGUCCUUGUGGACCUGGAGCCCACAGUGAUCGAUGAGAUCCGUACUGGUAUCUAUCGCCAGCUGUUCCACCCCGAGCAGCUCAUCAGUGGCAAGGAAGAUGCUGCCAAUAACUACGCCCGUGGGCACUACACCAUUGGCAAGGAGAUCAUUGAUUCUGUCCUAGACAGGAUCCGCAAGCUGGCGGACCAGUGCACUGGGCUCCAGGGUUUCCUUGUCUUCCACAGCUUCGGGGGAGGCACUGGCUCCGGCUUCACUUCCCUGCUGAUGGAGCGUCUCUCUGUUGACUUUGGCAAGAAAUCGAAGCUGGAGUUCUCCAUCUACCCUGCUCCUCAGGUCUCCACAGCGGUGGUGGAACCCUACAACUCCAUCCUCACCACCCACACCACCCUCGAGCACUCAGACUGUGCCUUCAUGGUAGAUAAUGAAGCCAUCUAUGAUAUCUGUCGUAGAAAUCUGGACAUUGAACGUCCAACUUACACUAACCUAAAUAGACUCAUUAGCCAGAUUGUCUCCUCUAUUACAGCAUCCCUUCGCUUUGACGGUGCUCUGAAUGUAGAUCUGACCGAGUUCCAGACCAAUUUAGUGCCAUACCCACGUAUCCACUUCCCUCUCGCCACCUAUGCCCCUGUGAUCUCGGCUGAGAAAGCUUACCAUGAGCAGCUGUCUGUGGCUGAGAUCACCAACUCCUGCUUUGAGCCAGCCAACCAGAUGGUCAAGUGUGACCCUCGUCAUGGCAAGUACAUGGCAUGUUGCCUGCUCUACCGAGGUGACGUAGUGCCAAAAGACGUCAACUGUGCUAUUGCUGCCAUCAAAACCAAACGUUCCAUUCAGUUUGUGGACUGGUGCCCAACUGGGUUCAAGGUUGGCAUCAACUACCAGCCUCCCACUGUGGUGCCCGGUGGUGACCUGGCCAAGGUGCAGCGUGCAGUGUGUAUGCUGAGCAACACCACAGCCAUAGCUGAAGCCUGGGCUCGGCUUGACCACAAGUUUGAUCUAAUGUAUGCCAAGCGUGCCUUUGUGCACUGGUACGUGGGGGAGGGGAUGGAGGAGGGGGAGUUCUCCGAGGCUCGUGAGGACAUGGCGGCCUUGGAAAAGGACUAUGAGGAGGUGGGUAUCGACUCUUUUGAGGGUGAUGAAGAGGGAGAUGAAGAAUAUUAAUAGGAUUCUGACCUAAUUCACGAAUGAGGUUUCAUAAAGUUAGGCUCUGUUUUGUUUUUAGAACUGAUAAGAGUUGAAUGAAAGUUGGGCUAAGGUAACGGGCGACUGAGAAAGUCCUAUUUUCUAUCUUAUUUAUUAAAACAUAUUUUGAGCCCAA